AGAGAGAAGGUACAGUCCGGAGGAGCGUUUCGGUGAUGAAUGACGGCGCUGACUGCAGAACCGGACCUGGACCCGAACCGGACCUGGACCUGAGGAGACGGGUGCGAUAACGGGGAGAGGGAGAGAGAGAGAGAGAGAGAGAUAAAGAGAAAAAGAGAAAGAGAGAGAGAGAGAGAGCAUAUGAGCCAAAUGAAGAAGUAAAAGAGAGAAGGAAGAAAGAGAGACGAGAGUUACUUUGUGGAGAGCCCGUGUGACAGUUUGCAGAUGCAGACAGAUGAGCCUGAAGACACCAAGGCGACCAAGUGUGAAGGCAUGACUCUGUCCAGCACCCAGGCGGUGCGUAGGGGCAGCACCCCUCUGCCCAUAAAGCACCAGCUCCGUCGAGGGGAAGCCGUCCACGACGACUGUGACUGGACCUCGGGCCCCUCGGGCCCCUCGGCCCCGGUCGACCCCCCGACCCUGGUGGUGGAGGGCCGACCCAACGGGCCCCUGAGGAUCGCCCUGCUGGGGCAGAACGGCGUGGGCAAGUCCUCGCUGGCCAUCGCCCUCGCCGGGGACACCGACAGAACGGCGUCCGUGGACUCUGACGGGGAGGGCCAUGUGAGCGCCGUCACCGUGGACGACGAGGAGAGCGCCAUCAUUAUCUUUGACAACUGGAGACAGGACCUGUCGGCGCUGCGCUGCGAGGUCGGCGUGUUGGUGUUCUCGGUGACCGACCGGCGGAGCUUCCACCGGACCGCCCAGCUGCGGCUGCUCCUCCGGGAGACGCAGCCGCAGACUCCCAUCAUCCUCGUGGGCAACAAGAGCGACCUGGUGCGCACGCGGGAGGUCAGCGCCCAAGAGGCCACGACCAGCGCCGCCCUCUUCAACUGCCUGUACCUGGAGAUCUCGGCCUCCCUAGACCACCGCACCCCGGAGCUCCUGGAGUGCGCGGUGCGGCUCGCCCGGGGCCAGUCCCCCUGGGCCCCGGGGACCGGCGGCGAGGACCCCAACGGCGGCGGCCGCGAGAGCAUCACGUCCCGCGCCAAGCGCUUCCUGUCCGGCCUGGUGCCCCGCUACCCGCGGGACCGGGAGGUGGGCAAGUUCCUGAGGCAGAAGUCACGCUCGUGCCACGACCUGGGGGCCCUGUGAUUGUGGGCGUCGCCGAGGGCGGAGAGGGGGCGGGGUUUAACGGUUAGAUCGCUAACGCCGGAGAGUGUCGUGUAGCGUAUCCACGGAAAGACAAUGGCGAAGUGAAGAUGGAGAGAUUUUACAUAAGCACGUGUAGAUAAACUGUAACACAUUAUCACGCCGCCGUAGAUCAAUAAAUUGCUUUUUUUUUUUUG